GGAAGGUGCGAGCAGCCGCCCGCGCGCGGCCGCCGGCGGCGCGUGUGUCCCGUGUGUGUCCCCCCCCACCCCCGCUCCCCGCCCGGGGCGCGGAUGGUCCGCGGCGCUGGAAGAUGGAGGGGCUGACGCUGAGCGAGGCGGAGCAGCGUUACUACUGCGAGCUCUUCUCCUACUGCGACACCGAGAGCACCAAGAAGGUGGCGUCCAACGGGCGCGUCCUGGAGCUCUUCCGCGCCGCGCAGCUGCCCAGCGACGUGGUCAUGCAGAUUACGGAGCUCUGUGGUGCAACAAGACUUGGCUAUUUUGGAAGAAGUCAGUUUUACAUAGCUUUGAAACUUGUUGCUGUGGCCCAAUCUGGUCUCCCUGUAAGAAUGGAAAGCUUAAAUACAGUAAAGGACCUCCCUCUUCCCAGAUUUGUUGCAUCAAAGAAUGAACAAGAAUCAAGACACACAGCCUUGUAUUCUUCAGAUGCUGAUAACCCAGCUUCGUAUUCAGGUGUGAUUCCUCCUCCUCCACCUGGCAGGAUACAAGUCAAAAAAGGCUCUGUGAGCCAUGAUGCAGUUCAGCAGCGUACAUCAACUGAUCAACAGGAGUCCACAUCUCCAGUUGUUUCACCACAGCAAUCCCCACCAACCUCUCCACAUACAUGGAGGAAGCACAACCGCCAUCCCAGCGGAGGGAAUAAUGAACGACCUCUUGCUGGACCUGGGCCUUUUUGGGCUCCAUUUAGUGAAGUACAACCAGGCUCAUCUACUUCUAGUGAUCCCAUAUGGUCUGGCCAUUCACCACCACCCCAUCAAGAAAAUUGGGUCAGUUUUGCAGAUACUCCACCAACCAGUGCUCUUUUAGCCAUGCAUCCUGCUUCUGUCCAGGACCAGACAACAGUACGAACUGUAGCAUCAGCUACAACAACAAAUGAAAUUCGUAGGCAAUCAAGUAGUUAUGAUGACCCCUGGAAAAUAACUGAUGAACAAAGGCAGUAUUAUGUUAAUCAGUUUAAAACCAUUCAACCUGAUCUAAAUGGAUUUAUACCAGGAUCUGCAGCUAAAGAAUUUUUCACUAAGUCAAAACUACCUAUUCCUGAACUUUCUCAUAUUUGGGAACUGUCAGAUUUUGAUAAGGAUGGUGCACUGACAUUGGAUGAAUUCUGUGCUGCAUUUCACCUGGUAGUUGCUAGGAAGAAUGGGUAUGAUUUGCCGGAAAAGUUACCGGAAAGUUUAAUGCCCAAGCUGAUUGAUUUGGAAGACUCAACAGAAGUUGGGGAACAGACUGGUGAGGUAGGUUACUCCAGCUCUCCAGCCGAAGCACCUCCAAGCAAGUCUCCAUCAAUGCCAUCCCUAAACCAGACCUGGCCAGAAUUGAAUCAGAGCAGCGAGCAGUGGGAGACAUUUAGCGAACGCUCUUCAAGCUCACAAACUCUGACCCAAUUUGAUUCUAACAUUGCACCAGCUGAUCCUGACACUGCAAUUGUGCACCCAGUUCCCAUAAGAAUGACUCCAAGCAAAAUCCACAUGCAGGAAAUGGAGCUUAAAAGAACUGGAAGUGAUCACGCUAACCCUACUAGCCCACUACUUGUGAAACCAUCAGAUCUCCCAGAAGAAAAUAAAAUUAGUUCAUCUGUGAAAUUUACAUCUGGAAAUACAGUUACAGAUGGUUACAGCAGUUCGGACUCUUAUACUUCAGAUCCGGAGCAAAUUGGAAACGCUGUAACACGGCAACGAUCACAUUCAGGAACCUCUCCAGAUAACACUGCACCACCUCCACCUCCUCCAAGACCUCAUGCUUCUCAUUCUCGAUCAUCAUCUUUAGAUAUGAACAGAUCCUUUUCAGUUACCCCAGGACAGCAACAGGCUGGAGUUGUUGCCUAUCCGCCUGCAGUGCCUCCAAGACCACAGCCUUCACAGGGUGCAGGUCCUCAUGUGCAUCGCCCAGUAGAUGCUGAAGGCCUAAUAGCUCAUACCAGUACCUCACCUCAACAAAUACCAGAACAGCCAAAUUUUGCAGACUUCAGCCAGUUUGAGGCAUUUGCUGUUUCAGGUGUAAACAAAGAAGAAGAAGAUGAAAUUGAAACACACUCAGAAGUCUUGCAGGUUGAGAAGCCCUCUGAUUCUGCAGGUUCUCUUAGAGUUGCCAAAGCAGAUGGAAGAGUUGAAGACAAAGCACCAGCUAAUGUCCCCACUAGUGUGGGUAAAGGCACUACCCCACUUGCUCCACCACCGAAGCCUAUUCGUAGAAGAUUAAAAUCAGAAGAUGAGCUAAGACCUGAAGCUGAGGAACAUACACAGAAAACAGGUGUCAUAGCUGCUGUUCUUGCUUCACAGCCAUCUAUUCCUAGAUCAGUGGGGAAAGACAAGAAGGCAAUUCAGGCAUCAAUCAGACGUAACAAAGAAACCAACACUGUUUUGGCCAGAUUGAAUAGUGAACUACAGCAGCAACUAAAGGAUGUUCUUGAAGAGAGAAUCUCCCUGGAAGUUCAACUGGAACAACUUCGACCCUUCUCUCACCUCUAAGCCUACUGCCGUUAACUGUGAAUUUACUAAUUUUUGAAAGGGGUAUUGGUUUCAAGGCCUAUUUAAAUAUCCAUGCAUCUAGCUCAGUGCGCUCUAUUCUACAUUAAAUGUUGUGAUUCUGUUUUGUCAGUUUGUCCACUUUUGUAUUUAAGUAUUUUAAUUUCAGUACAGAGAGAAAAAAAAACUUUUUCCUUGAAUGUGACACUGCCUCUCACAUCAUUUUCUGUGGGCAUCUGUGAUCUUUGUUGGACUUGAGUUUGCAGAGUUUGUCGCCAAAAUUUCCAACUGGAAUUUUUUAGUGGUUUCUUUUUUCCUGUUGAAACAUCUUUGCAGAAGAGGGUAGCUAAUCUGUUGUCUUUAAGCACAUAAACUCUUCUUUCACUAUGGCAUUUAUUUUUAUUGUGCCGGGAAAGAGACAAACUAAUGAUCUAUCAUCAGCCAGUAUUACUUCCCAAGCUCCCUUUCACAAUUGGAAAGUUGUUUGCAAUUUUAGAAAGCCUGCCUCUUUGCAGUUCACCAACUUACUCAGGUUGGGAGAGUUCUUGCAGGCUGUUUGCCAUAUCAACUGGAUUGGAUUUUGUGAUUUUCACUGCAUACAUUAUAGAGUAUGUAACCACAGAUUGCCAGGUGUUCACGUUUCAUCCAUUCAUGAUCCUGAUCCAGCCGCAUGCAUAUAAACAUUUAUGGCACAAUUGGUAGUCUGUCAAACAAAUCACUUUCAGUUCUCCCUUUUGUGAAAAGAGUUGGGUAUAGAUCCCAAACAUUAAUUACACUUUACCUAAGCACCACCUAUAAUUGCAUGUCUCACACAUUACCUUUUAAUAACAGAUCACGUCCACGAGUGUUCACUAUAACAAAUUGUAUGGUCAAGUAAUGUGUCAAUACCUCUAUAAACUUCUAAUUCCCAGAAAAAAAAAAAUAAAACCAGAAAUGAACAGUUUACUUCUUAGUAAUUCUGGGGUACAUUCUGUCAUCUUGUUUUCAGGCCUUAUUUCUCUGCCAUAUAGACAGGCUUCACUAUUAACAGAGUUCCUUGAGUGUAUCCUGCUAUCCAGGUUGAUGUACUGUAUUAGGAUUUGUUGUAUAUUGUACGAUACACACCUUUUGAUCUCAUAUGUAAAUUUGCAUUAAUUGCUGACUAACAGCAGAUAUUCUAUUUAAUGGCUUCUUCUGGCUGUGGGAUCAUAGAUGUUUAACUGCAUGGAUGUAUCUCUGCAGAAUCAGAACUAGCAAUUGUGUGAUUUUUACACCAAUAAAACAGCACAAUAUUUUAAUUUUGUUGAUUCAUCUUUACCUGGGAAUUGAAACUCAUUCAAAUAAGGGGGAGGGUCUUAUUACAGGUCUUCAGGGGUUUUUUUGUAAUUUUGUGUCAUGUGCAAGAAGUGGUUGAUCAUAAUCCCUUGACCAUUUUCUUCCCUCAUUUUUGACCUCUGUUGGUCAGAAGUGAUCAAAUUACCUUGGUAAUCUGUGGCUAUACUCCUUUUGUAUCCUCCUAUAAGCAAAUUUAAUACAAAUAUAAUUUAAAAAAAGUAAAUGCUAAUACUGACUUGGGUCAAAGAAAUUUAUAGUUCUUUAGUCUUCACUUCUGGUUUGAUUUCCUUGAGAGUACCUUUAAAAAUUAAAGAUAAAUUAUCUCCUGUUAGCAGUCCUUAACCUCACUGUCUCACUUCUAUGUUUAAAUGAAACUCUCUUGAUAUCUGCUUCCCUUCCAAAAGGAUUGUUCAAGUCAGAUUUUUCCACUGGUUAUGGCUGUUACAGUGAAAAACGAAUAUUUCUCUUUUUCUCUUCCACAGAAAAGUGGAUACACACACUCUUCUGUGUAUCCAUCAUACACAGACUGGAUAAUUGAAUUUUUACUACUAUAACUAUUCCAACAUUUUUUCAAAUGUCAUGGAUUGUUGCAGAUGGCUUAUGUAUAUAAUUCAAAGCAAAAUUCCCUGGUAUGAAAGAAUGUCAUGGUUGCAUGAAAGUUGGUGCUUUCUAUUUGCUUGUAAAGGGAUUAAGAAAUUAUAGCUAAAUGGGCACAAGGGUGACAUAUAAAUUACAUAUAAAGUUGACUUCAAAAACUAUAUAAAUAGGGAAAUGCGAAAAAAAAACCCAACAAAGCAAGUAAAAAUAAAACCCUAAAACUGAACUAAAAAACUUAAAAGCUGAUGGACCGAUCACUUCUAUUUCAACUGACAAGGAACAGGAACAGAGUGGGAAAAGGUUUUUCCCUUUUUUAAGAAGUGGGAAAAGUGAGUCAUUGCAGUUAAAGAAUGUUGAUCUUUUGAACCAACUUGUCCAUAGUUUAUUUUAAAGUUUAAAAUACAUUUUUAAAAUAGCACUAUUUUCAUAUUAAUAUUUAAGUAUUAAGCAUAUGUUUAUAGCAACAGGAUUCUUAAAUCAGAAUUUAACAUUUUAAACUUAAAUGUAAAAAGCCUUUUACAUUCAAAUGUUACAUGUACAUAUGAAUUUCUCUAACAUUCAUUUCUUUGUAGUAGAAUGACAAGUUAGUGUCUCAAGAACUUAGGCAAUCUGAACAUUUUUGUGUCUUGCCAACAAGUCUAUUUUAAGAAUUUUGGUUGAUUACUUUUAAUACAUCAUUCUGUACAUUUUAAACCAGUUUUUCAUGAUCAGAAGAGCUUCUAACUGAAAAACAACUUAUGUCUUAAGAACAUCACUGCCAAUGAUGUUCAGAAGUUACCUCACUUAAUAAUGUAACCCAGUUUUGAUUUGUUAUAAAAUUAUCUUCCUGUCUUCUCCAUUUGUUUGAUCUUGAUCCAGCUACUUGAUGCAUUCUUUUUUAUGAACUUAGAUUGUAAGCUCUUUGGGGCAAGGAAUUAUGUACAGUACAAGAGAAGUGCUCUCUCUCUUGCAAGCAUAAAUGUAGACUACUAAAUAGUGUGGAGUGUGAUUCAUGUACCCAGCUGGGAUGGAUGGACAGCAGCAUGCAUUUCUGAAAGACUUGCAAAAUGUUUUUCUUUGGACUUCAUGAUUGGAGGAGUGUCUCUUUUCUCAUUUGAUUUGAGUUUCCUUUGUUUCUCUUAAUAAUGUGCCUCUUUGUUCCAUCUGCUUUGGAGUUGCUUUUUUCUCCAUUCGUUGCCUCUCUUUGGACUGCAGAGAAUAUUUCCAAAAUGCAAAGGUAAAAAGCUGAAAAGCCACUUUGUUUUGAGCAGUAUUUUAAGUCUAUCCAAUGUAAGCUAGUACUUUUUUUUUUUUUUUGUACUUCACAUGCACCUCAUUCUACUUGCAAUUGUAUAGUAUAUGAACUAGAAGAACUCAUAUUACUGAAAAUGUCUUAUGUGGGAUAAACAGAGCUGAGGUUAUAAAAACUUAAAACUAAAGAAAAUAAAUUUGCAGCUUUGUUUCUUGUGUGACGUCUCUGUCCCUUAUGGAUGGGGUGUGCUGUGUUUCCCCUGUGUUUAGGGCAGAGUUGUAAAUUACUCUUUUGUUUUCAGCUGUGUAUACAGUUUGUCUUUCGAUGUCACUUGAUGGGUGACCUAGUCUUAAUCACUUUUUCCUAAAACGGUAAAAAAUAAUAAAUCACUGUCUCCUGA